AUGGAAAUACUGAAUAAACCACAGUUAAACAUAAAAUCCAAAGAGUUUGAGGAAUUUUACGAUGGUCUUUCGGUGGUUUUGUCGAAAUUAAAAUGUUGUGUUUGCAAAGAAAACUCGGAUAAUUCUGUAAGAUUGAAGCUUUGUAAUCAUAUAUUCUGUCAUAAAUGUAUAAGGAAAGGUGCAGAUAACAUAUGUAUGUUGUGCCAAAAAUCUUACAAUGGUAGAGAUCGACAAGAUAAUUAUUUUGGUGAAAUAAAGGCUUUAGUGAAAGAUUUGGACUCCAUUUUGCAUUCCAAAGCAAAAAUCCCGUAUUUUGAUACAAUAGUAUAUUUUGAGGGCAGUCAAUAUUGUGUAAGAUACCUGACGUGUGCAGUUAAAAUAAAAGUAAAUAGGAAUGGUGAGGUUCCACUUCAUCUGGCAUGUAAAACACGUUCCAUCCAAAAAGUAACGGAAUUGUUGAAAAAUAACCAUAAUAUUAAUCAAAAAGACUAUGCAGGAUGGACACCUUUACAUGAAGCAGUUAUAGCUAACAGCGUCGAAUGUUGUCGUUUGCUACUCGAAAAUGGGGCCCUUGUCGACACUCCAGGACCGGACUAUGUGAUGCCUUUACAUAAAGCAGUUGAAAAUGGUAACCUGGAAAUAGUCAAAUUACUAUUAAACUAUGGCGCCUCAGUGGACGCCAUCGACUUUAAUGGAUACAAACCAUGUGAUUACACGAAGGAUAUGGGUUUGGUCAAGUUUUUAUUGAAAGACCAUGAAAUAAAUGAUGUAACAAAAGUCGUCGCUUUUCCUACGAAAAUUACAUUGUAUGCUCAUUCCAUAGAUCCUUCUUAUGUGAAACAACUGAAGAGAAAUAAGAGUUUUAAUUUUGUAAACAAAUUUGCACUGAAUAAAAUGGAUGUUUCCCACAUAGUCGUGAAAAAAAGUCAUAACUUAUCGAGCAAGAUUUUGGCCGCGAUUGUUCAUGGGGUGCAUUUUUUAACAGAAACAGAUGUUCCAAAUCUGAAUCCAGAAACUUUAUCAUCCAAAAUAUUAAACAAGGAAUACUUUGAUAACCAUCCAGACCUUAACAGAGGCAUCCAAAAAAGCAUAAUGAACAAAAUGUUAAACAGACCGAAGCUUUUUGAUGGCUGCAGUUUUUUCUUGAUGCACAAUAAAUCGACAAUCGUCAAUUCCGUGGAAAUAACCGAGCACUUUCUGAAAUACAUCAUAGAAUUGGGGGGAGGCAAAUUGUUGGUUCGAAUGCCCAGCAUUGAUAAUAAAGGCAUUUUAAAUUAUCCAUUUCACACCAAUAAGACCUCGAAUUUCGCCUCUUGUAGUUCUUUUGUCGUUUUUAACGACGAUGAUCCGCCUCUGUUGCAGUACAAAGUUUCGCAUGUUAGACAUGUUUCCUCUAAAUGGUUGAUCAAGUGUGUCAUACAGUUUUCACUUACCGACUAA